AUGGCAACAAAAAGCACUAAGGUUCUUGUUGUGGGAGGUACUGGGUAUUUGGGGAGGAGGAUCGUCACGGCAAGUUUAGCCCAUGGCUACAAAACCUUUGUUCUUCAGCGGCCUGAGUUGGGUCUUGACGCCGACAAGGUACAAUUGCUACUUUCUUUCAAGAAGCAAGGAGCCGUCCUCGUCGAAGGCUCCUUUUCCGAUCACCGGAGCCUUGUCGAUGCCGUCAAACAAGUUGACGUCGUCAUUUGCACCAUCUCCGGAGUGCAUUUUCGGUCUCACAACCUUUUGAUGCAGCUCAAGCUUGUUGAGGCCAUCAAGGAAGCAGGAAACGUAAAGCGGUUCUUGCCAUCGGAGUUUGGAAUGGAUCCUGCACGGAUGGGGCAUGCACUUGAACCAGGAAGAGUGACAUUUGAUGAAAAAAUGAGAGUGAGAAAUGCAAUAGAGGCUGCUAAAAUCCCCUACACUUAUGUUGCUGGUGCCUGCUUUGCCGGUUACUUUGUUGGAAACCUUUCUCAAAUGGAUACACUCUUUCCUCCUAAACAAAAAGUGCUUAUAUAUGGAGAUGGCAACGCUAAAGUGGUUUAUAUGGAUGAAGAUGACAUCGCAACCUACACAAUCAAGACAAUAGAUGAUCCUCGAACCCUGAACAAAACCCUUUAUCUUCGGCCACCUGAGAACAUUCUCUCCCAAAGAGAACUGGUUGAAAAGUGGGAGAACCUUUGUGGAAAGAAACUCGUAAAGAUUAGCAUUUCAGCUGACGACUUCCUAGCCUCCAUGAAAGGAAUGGACUUCGCUGGCCAGGUAGGAGUUGGGCAUUUCUAUCAUAUUUACUAUGAAGGUUGUUUGACAAGCUUUGAAAUAGGGGAAGAGGCCGGAGAAGAAGCUUCAAAGCUCUAUCCGGAUGUGAAGUACAUCCGCGUGGAUGAGAUUCUAAAGCUCUAUCUAUAAGAAGUACCAUUAAAUAUUACAACUAUCUAUAUACAUAAGGUUGAUACGUAUACGUUCGUAGUCUGAGAACUAAAUGCAGUAAUUCAUUGUGUUGAAUGGCGACAAUAUUGAAAAAAGGGAGUACUAUAAUCAAGGAAGCUGUACUGAUCAAACAUUAAUGAUAUAAUAUUGCCAGGAAUUAAUCAUGUUUGUAAAUCUUAGUUUAUUCAUAGUAAAAAUGACAAAUCACAUGUUG